CGACUCAAAUUCGCAAACUUCCCUCUGCUCUUGCACAACUUCUCCUACACUCUUAAAUGACCGCUACCAAGACCGCAUCCAUCUCAUCCAAGCUGGAGCCCUCGCAGAACCACCAAGACCGCCAGUUCCGCGCACUUGACCGCGCCUUGGCUAGGAGAUAUGUGGAAGAGCUUAUGCAGCAGAGUUAUCGCCGCCAACGGAACGAGCCGAUGAGGCCUCGCAUGGAGAUUUGUGACGAUCCGGCCCACUCCCGCGUUACAGCCUACCUCGAGCUUCCCGGGCUCAAGUCGAGCGACGUAUCUGUCCAACUCGAUGGAGCUCGACUCGUAAUCUCGGGCGAAAGGCGCUCGCACAUACCCCCCGAUAUCGACCAAGCCACUGCGAACGCACGGUUCCCCGUCCGCGAGCUAAAGUAUGGCAAAUUCCUGCGCGUCAUUACAGUCCCUACUCACACAAUGAUGAGCACUAUAUCCGCCUCAAUGAGCGACGGCAUGCUUAUUCUCUCCUGGCCGCGCUCGCUCGCCGGCAACACGCCUGCCGACACACGCAAGCCCUCGGGUGUACCUGCGGCCACGUCAGACGGCUCAGGGUAUCACCACACUCAAGGCGCCCAGAUGCCCGCUGCGCCGGCUCACGCGCCGCGUCAGCCUUCCGCCCAAUAAAUCAUGUUCCUUCCAACUUGCUUUCGUUGCACAUGCACAUGCUUUCGCCAUCUCACCCCACCUUUCCCCAUUCAACCGUUUACGGUGUGGCUUCGUGUUUCGCUGCAUUGCCCGGUGCUAUCCUAGUCACGUUGUCGAUUACGUCUACGUGUAUGCUGUUCUUUUUUUCAAUGGUUUGGACUAGUCACAUUGACUCGAUCUCUGCUUAGUUAUCUCUCGUUUCGUGCACACACUCCCAUACCACCAUGUCACCAGACAGCUGGCUGUAUUUUUUACACCUGGAGUCUCUGUGACUCCUCCAUUUCAUUUCUGCGCCCUCGCCUCCGUCUCCCUUUUAUUGACACAUCCUCACAUCCGGUUUCGUCCUGCUCCUCCGUUCUCCCAUUGUUGUUCUAUUCUGGGCCAUUGUUUCACCAUUCUGUCGCUGCCUUUUUUUCUCUCCUGCUCUUGUGUUCAUUCCCCUGCCUCGCACCGCAUGUAGACUUCAUUCAGCCCCUUAUCAUUAUUCGCCGUUUGAUUUUGGGAUGGACACUUGUCGACGCAACUCAUUUAUGUAGCCACCACUACCAUACGCACACGCACAGCAUACCAAUCUGCGAAGCUCUUUGAUAUGUUGAUGUACUUAAUUGACACACUGUUAUGCGGGUACUUACUUGCAAAUAGAUACGUUUUCGC